UCACAAGGACUGGCGGGGCUAAAGUCGGGGUGGCGAGAACAUCACUGCUUGAAGCCAGUCCGUGAGAUCGCUCGCCUGGGAAGCUGCAGGGCAGGACAGUCACCUCCUGUUUACGCAAGCCCCGUGAGCCCGCGCACAGCCAGGCCGGCACUUCCCCUCCUGCCCUCGACCCCGGCUGAUCCGUGCUGAAUCGUCCGGACCCCCUCGGGACGUCUCCCACGGGACCCCGAGCCCCCACCCACCCACACCCCGGACACUGCAGCGAGAGGACCCGGGCGCCCGCCCCCGGGGAAGGAAACACUCUCACUAAAUGAGCCAGCCAACCUGUGCCGUCCCGGGGGUCAACGAGAGCUGGGUCAAUGAAACUGGAAGAUGCUCCUCCAACGUCACAUUUCAGGCCUCGCUAUACGCAGCCACCUACACCGUGGUCUUCAUCCCGGGGCUGCUGGCUAACAGCACGGCCCUGUGGGUCCUGUGCCGCUUCGUCCGCCAGAAGAACAAGGCGGUCAUCUUCAUGGUCAACCUGUCGAUGGCCGACCUGGCCCAUGUGCUGUCGCUACCCCUGCGCAUCUACUACUAUGUCAACCACCACUGGCCCUUCCCAUACUUGCUGUGCCUCCUGUGUUUCUACUUGAAAUACCUGAACAUGUAUGCCAGCAUCUGCUUCCUGGCCUGCAUCAGCCUACAGCGCUGCUUCUUCCUGGUGCACCCCAUGGGUGCCCGCAGCUGGAGGCGCCGCUACGACGUGGCCAUCAGCACCGCCAUCUGGGCCGUCGUGGGGACCAUCUGCCUGCUCUUCCCCCUCCAACGGUGCUUCAAGCCUGGCUGUUGCUUCGCCGACCUGGGCUACAAAGAAAUUAAGAACCAGCGGUCCGAGGCGGUGGCUGGGGCCGUGGCCAUGGUCACCGUGGCUGAGCUGGCGGGCUUUCUGGCCCCCACCUUCAUCAUCGGCUGGAGCACGUGGCAGAUCCGCACUUCCCUGCAGCAGCUGCCUGGCUACCCGAGCGCCCAAGAGAAGCACCGGGCCCUGAGGCUCGUAUACACCUGUGCGGCCGUGUUCGCCAUCUGCUUCACGCCCUACCAUCUCAACUUCUUCUUCUACUCCAUGACCAAAGUGAAGGCCAUCACCAACCCAGACAUCCGGAUCAGCUCUACCUACUUCCACCCGUUCACCCUGUGCCUGGCCAGCCUCUCCUGCUGCCUCAAUCCCAUCCUCUACUACUUCACCACGUCUGAGUUCCGUGAGCACCUAUCGCGUCAAAGUAGCUCCAACACCCACUCCCGCCUCAUGAGCGCCUCAUCUAACAGGGAGUGACCAGGGGUGGCCCAGUCUGGCCCAUCGGCUCAGUCUGGCCCGUAACCGGGCGGUCUGGCUUGUGUUGGCCACGGCUGGGGGUCCGCCCCGGUUGGCUUAGUCUAGCCCCCGUGUCAUGACAGUCUGGCUCGGGUCCCAGCAGAGUGGAGUGUUUGGGUUGGUUUGGAGGGGUAAAAGUUAGUUCUCAGUCCAUCUUGCCCUCCCCUCCCUCCUCCAAUCAAUCAACAGUAUUUAAUCCCUGGCUCUGGAAGGCCAGGGCUGUGGGCAGUGUGUCUCUGUCCAUUCCCAAGACUCCAGCGGAGGCCACCUUCAGCAUGGCUGUGGUCAGUGAGACAGCAUCCACGAGCAAGAGUAUGUAGACUGUAAAUUCCUUGUGUGCAGGCUGCUUAUUGUUGCAUUGUACUCGCCCAAGCUCUUAGUACAGUGCUCUGCACACAGUAAGUGCUCAAUAAAUAUGACCGAAUGAAUGGAUGAGAGUCACCGAGGGGGAACCCCUUAAUUGAUGCCCCAUUGUUCUUCUGCAAAUGUAGCAGGCAGCAUUCUCUGCUGCCACUUCCUCAGGUGACCACUGCUCAGAUAUUAUGAGAGUUGGCACAGGACCCAGAGAGGAUGCCCAUGUUUCCUUGCACUUCAGCCAAAGGGGGCAAGAUCUGUCCCACUGCCAGCAGAACGUGUGCCAAAUGUGUCGGCCACAGCGGUGAAGGUUUGCACUGGAUCAUCCACAUUCUUAUGCCCAGCGGCCGGCACAGUGAGACAGCUGGCAAGGAGGACGGGCAUGGCCUGUGGUGGCAGAACAGAAUCUAUCAGAGACUUUAGCAGCAGCAGAUGCCCUUGCCCCUUUUGUAAGCUACUGUGAGUCCUGAAAGUCUUGUAUUAGGCAAGUGUUUAGUUGGGACUUAAUAAAGCUUGUUAUUAUUGCAGCAUCCAGCAUGGCUGGGUGGAGGA